AUGCAAGAGGAUUGGAGUGAUUGCGCUAAUAACGAUAUCAGCUUGCAUGAGACAGCAAGCAAAGCGAAAACAUCGGAACGUAUUACAAACUUAAUACUCAUUCUUCAUACAAUGACAGUUUCUGGCCAUGGCAUCGGUGUCAUCCUGGCCAAUGUCGACGUCACCGAUAACACGACCUCGGAAUUACGUUUUUUCACUAAAAUAGAAGUUCCUUUUGACAUAAAUACGCAACGCACAUAUAGAUGUAUUUUAAUAAUAGAAUUCUUUUUCUUGAUGAUGUGGUCCUGGUCGUCUGGUGCAAUGAAUUCUUUGUUAAUAAUUCUAACCUUUCAUACAGCUGGCCAAAUCGAUAUUGUGCGUUACUGGUUAACGCAACUUGUAUCCUCCGAGGAUGAAAGUAAAGAUGAAUCAGUCGCCAUCGCAACGACUAAAAUUAUUUAUAAGCAUAAAAAGAUUAUACGUUUAUCAGAAUAUAUCGAAAGUCUUUUUACGUAUAUUGCGCUGGUGCUAUUUGUGUCAAACUCGAUAAUGAUUUGUUUGCUAGCGUUCCUUGUCGUAACGGCAAUCGGUAGCUCCAACGCGUCAGAGCAAUUAGUGAAAUCUUUUUUGUUUUACUUUAUAACGAACCUCGAAGCAUAUAUGUUUUGCUAUGCUGGAGAAUAUUUGCAAAACAAGAGUAGAGAAAUCGGUUUUGCGGCAUACAGCUGUGCAUGGUACAAUAUGAAAUCUAAAGAUAGUCGUGUCCUGUUAUUUGUUAUACUAAGAUCACAAAAGCCACUGACGCUUACAGCUGGAAAAAUGAUGGAACUAUCCUUACAAUCUUUUACAAGUAUUAUGAAUGCUUCGGGAUCAUAUCUAUCGGUAUUAUUGGCAAUGCAAUAA